AGAAAGAUGUGCGCGUGUCUGCGCAUGUGCAUGUGUGACGAAGUAGCUGAGUCUCACGCCAGAACUUAAAAACUCGAGGAACGCUCGAAGCCGCUUUGAUGUGCGAAUAUGACGUGACGUCACAAGCCGUGUUUGUAUAUGGUUUGGCUUUAAACUCAUUUCUCAUAUCGUCCUUUGAUCGCACAGCGAACACAGCGCGAAUCUACUGCGGAAAAAAACUCCUCCAGAAAUCCUACAUAUUGAUUUUUGUCAUCAUACUUGAAAGCCAUGACACGAAGGAGCGCUCGUUUGGAGUCCAUGGGAUACUACGACAGCGAAGGCAACCCAACCAUUUCCUACAAGGAGACAGUGUUUAAGAUUUUUAAAAGACGCAAGAACCAUUUCUGGCAUGAGAGAGGAGAAUCCACGCAAACUGUAAUCGACAACGAAAACACUGGCGACAACUUAAACGGCAACAGCAACAACUACAGCAGACGGCCCAAAAUGUUCAUCCGAAAGAUUUUUGACAUUUUCCUCUUCAUAUUCCCACUGUGUUUUGGACUUGCAUACGUGAUUCCAACCCUGAGCUGCAGCUUUCUGGAUUUGGGAGUCCCAUAUUCACCAGUGUCACCCACCUACAUUAAUAUGGAGCUGAAUGUGGGAAAUGAAGACCAGAUGAAGCACCUGAUAAACAUGGAGGAAGAGCUGCUAAGGCUGCAAAAACAUGUGAACGACCUGAGAAACAUGGAGGAAGAGUUGCUGAGGCUGCAAAAACACGUGACGCACCUGAGAAACAUGGAGGAAGAGUUGCUGAGGCUGAAAAAACAAAUGAACGACCUAUCACCGGAUGUGGACGCUUGGCCCGACUUUGCUCUGGAUUCACAAGGGGCCGUAGCGUUACCUCAGAAGUCUUCAGAAACAUACCGCACCAAAGAGGCGAGCUUCACAUUUUUUGGGAUACCUAUCUCAUUACCUGUAAAGCCAAAGAUUGUUCUUCAGAGACAGAAACCUCUGACUCCAGGACACUGCUGGGCUUUUGCAGGUGGGCGUGGACAUUUAUUCAUCGCCUUGUCCAACCCAAUCUUCAUCAGUCAUGUGACACUGGGUCACAUUUCAAAGAACGUGUCCCCAACUGGGAAAAUUUCCAGUGCCCCCAAACACUUUUCAGUUUAUGGACUGGAAACUUUAGAUGAUGAUGGCACCAAGCUUGGAACCUUUCUGUAUGAUCACGAUGGUGAUUCACUGCAGACUUUCAAACUUCGGUUGCCCUCCUCUCAUAAAGAACGUGUCAUCAGAUAUGUGAGGCUGCAAGUGGAGAGCAACUGGGGCCAUCCAGACUACACCUGCCUGUACAACUUCAGGGUCCAUGGGAAGCUGGCAGAGUAAAGAUGGAAAUGAAUGGAAG